UUGCACGGAUAUCUUUACUAAGAAAACAUUUGAAGAGUGAUUUCUAUUUGAACUGUAUAAAUAGGGAUCGACUCAUCAGAGGCUAGACUAGCAGUGACGGCAGAAUCAUGUUCUCUCUCAGCAUCCGUCUGCUCAGCCUGGUGCUCCUGAACUCCAGAUUGCUGAUAUCUGCAGAGACUGUAGUUACGUGUGACGGGUUUGUUCAGCGUCUCAGCUGCGAUGCCGGUGUGAUCAGUGUACAAUCAGCUACAUGUGGCCGCACAAGCAGACAGAUCUGCAGCGUUGGACGACCGCCAUCAGAAACAUCUAACACUCAGUGUUCAAUGGAUGUGCCUGCCGUCUUUAAACGGUGUAAUGGACUGAGAGAGUGUGAGGUAAACACUCAAGGACUUGCAUCAAGAGAUCCAUGUUUUGGCAUCUAUAAGUACUUCACCACCGAUUACAUCUGCGUCCCGGCAGAAACAACCGUGGCUUGUCAUUACGGAUACAGUUAUUUAAAAUGUGAAAAUGGUAGGAUUCAGAUAAAUACAGCGAACUAUGGACGUACAGAUAAAACCACCUGCUCUGAAGGACGUCCCUCCAGUGAGCUUCAAAACACCAACUGCUUCUCCCCGAAUGCACUGGCUCCUGUGUCCAAAAGCUGCAACGGCCUGGAAAGCUGCGAGGUGUUUGCAACACAUACAGUCUUCACUGAUCCAUGCUUUGGCACAUACAAGUACCUCGCUAUCUCCUAUUUUUGUCUUCCACAUGAAGUUCGUUCAAGUUUGGUCUGUGAGCACGAGACAAGCUCCCUGACCUGUGAUGAGGGGACGGUCAUUCACAUCCAAAGCGCUAACUACGGCCGGACUGACGGCAGCACAUGCUCUACUGGACGUCCUGCUUCUCAGAUCGCCAAAACCGACUGCUACGCCUUAAACUCACACUCAGUAGUCGCUAGUGGAUGCGAAGGAAAAGACAGCUGCUCGGUUUCGGCCUCCAACAGUGUCUUCUCAGAUCCGUGUGUCGGUACAUUCAAGUACCUGUACAUCUCAUACUCCUGCGUGUCUCAGUAGAACGACGGCGGGUCUUGUGGAUUUGGGCUCUUUAUCAGCAUCUCUUCUAUUUUAGGUGUGCUCAAAAAUGUCUGCUUCUUAUUUGUUAACACGUCUUUUAUUAUAUAUUUGCCAUAUUUCCUCUUGCAGAAAAGGGUAAUGGAUGAAUACUAGCAUACUGAUACAGAUUCAGUUGUUGUGUGCAGAUGAAAUCAGCGUCUUUGAUUCUUAUAUGAUUAAUUUUACUAUAGACCUUGCUUAUACACUAUUUUGUGGGGUUUUCCAUACAAUAAAUGCUUUGCAAAUGACAA